AUGUCGGACUCCCAUGACGACUCUGACGGGCCUGAGAGCCGUCGUAAGAGAAUUCGCCAAGCCUGCCUCAAUUGCAGGAAGAAGAAAGUUCGCUGCACGGGUGAGAAACCGAUCUGUCAGUUUUGUAAUCGGCUUGGCCAGCCUUGUGUUUACGCGGAGGAUGGGAGGAGUCUUAGAAGGACGAAUUUGGCUGUUCAGCCUGCUUUGGGGGACGUGCCUGAGGCUAUCAUGGAUAACAUCGCGUCAAGGUUUGCGUCUUUAGAAGAUCAAAUAUCAAUGCUACAAGCGACUGUCGAAAGACUGCUGCCGCUGGUCACAAAUCAGCAACCGCCAAACAAACGUACACACUACCAAGCCAAAACCCCGGCCCCCGUUCUUCUUCAAACCCCUUCAACGAUACAAUCUCAUGCCAAUGAACGCCCCCAACCAAGCUCCCUUCUAUUUGCUGCCGAUGUCUACUUCCGUUACUGUCACAGCCAACCUUACUCCCUCUUUCAUGAACCAACCUUUCGGCAACGCCUGGCCGAUGACACGCUGCCGACCUAUCUUCUCUGGGGAUUCUUGUCUGCCGCAAGACGAUACUCAUCUCUACCAGUCACUCAAGUCAACUGUUCCGACGAUGCAUCUAGCUACGCUGCCAAGGCUUGGGAGACUAUAGAACUUCCUUGGACUGGUAAUGCGCCACCCGAAAAGAUUUUGACAGUCAUCCAAACAAUUAUAUUGAUAGUAAGCACUGAGGUUCCAGCUGGUCUCUGUAGCCAAGCCCAUAUGAAGCAGGGUUUUGCUAUUCGUCUUGCCCAGAAUAACAAGUUUCACCUGGAACCCGAUCCAUCACUUCCACUAGCUGAGCGCGAGGAAAGAAAAAGAACUUUCUGGUCGCUAUAUCUCCAAGACAAACUCAUCAGCCUCUCUCGUGGACGAUUUUCCGCCAUCCGUGACGAAGAAUGCAGGGUGUCUUUACCAUGCUCUGAGGAUGCGUUCAAGGAAGGCCGCGAAGAAAAGACACCCUUUCUCGACGAACUGACGGGCGAUUGUGUGGAACAAGAAGCUAUCGACGGAUGCUGUGCACUUGGCCUGAUCAAUGUGAUGGCAUCUAUCCUUGGCCGGAUCUCGCAUUACGUUUUGCAUGAUACACAAACAUCACAGAUGGGACUUCCCUGGUCUUCAACAGCGCCUUACGCUACUCUAUCAUCGGCAUUGCUCCAAGCAGAACACUACUUUGGAAUGAAUGAAGACCCGACAGAAAGUCUCAAGCAACGAUGCACGGUCGAUGGUGUCGUUGAUCAACUACUCGCCAGCUCCUUCAUCUUCGCCAAGGCUAUGUUCCACUUGUCCCACUGUCUACUUCAUCACCCAUUCUUGAUUCAACAACGGCUUCAGUCCGGUAAACAAAAGGCCCCGUCAGUGUUCAUGAAGACGGCCUGGGAAAAGUGUAGGACGCAUGCGAAGAGCAUCACGGAUCUACUAGAUAUGAAGAGCCAGAACGUGCCUAUACUCACCUCUAUUUAUGGAUAUUGUAUCAUGGUUGCUGGUACAAUUCAUGCUUUGUCUUUGAAUGAUGAGAGAGACCAUAUCCGAAAGGAGAGUCAGAAACACUACCGUGCGGCUAUGGAAUCAUUACAAGACCUGUCAUGCUACUGGAACCACGCCGCUCUAAUGGUCAAACGACUGGAAAGAUUCCAUAGCCAGUGCGAGGCUCGCGGACAAGAGCUUUCCCCCUCAAACGUCGAGCGAACUCCCGGAGACGUCAAAGCCCUAUGGCAAAGUGUCGACUACACAUCUUUGUCAACUCCAACGAGACCUGGAAGUCCGACACUGGCAGGCCAAACCUCAGUUGAAGCCGAUUGGGCAUUAUCAAAGGAUAUGUUUGACUUUAGUGGCUUUGGUGGAUUUGCAGAAGGCGUUGAUGUCUUUAGUAUUUCGUUUGUUGAUGGCGAUAUGACUCUUGGCGACGAAAUUCCGAAUAUGGCGCAAAAUUGGGCAGCUCCGGAAAAGGCAGAUUGA